UCGCCUCGCCUCUUCCUCUAACACAAAUAUACGUUUCAGUCUCUCAUCACCACAGCGAAACCAACAAACCCAAUAACAUUGCCAACAAGAGAAUUGCUCCCAUAACCAAGCAUCAUAGGCCUCCGCCCCAGCAGCCAACAUGACCGAAGCAGCAGCGGAGGAGAACCCCUAUUCCGUUGACGACAGGCGUCAUUUCAGAAAUUCAUCCUGCCAGCAGGCUGCACGUUAUAGGGGAGGAUCAUACAGGCAGAUCGAUCGCCAUGGCAGGUUUAGUAGAAAACCAACGGAUUACAGCUACGCCCACGGCGCUGGCCCCCGACUACCAACGGAUCAGCUUUACUUGGGGAAAAUGGAGGAACGCACCCUCCUUGAACCGCUAAUACAGGGAGGUGAGGGCAGGAACCUGGGUUACGGCAUCACGCUGACGAAGGUUCUCGCGGUGGGCGGAUUUGGCAUCGCCGCUUUGGUUGAGUAUCAACCUCGGCGGAAAGGAGCAGAGAAGAUCAAGUGUGUCAUGAAGCUCGACUUGUACGGUGUUAACGAGCUUCAGAACGAGGAAUAUUAUCUCAAGCUCUUCCAAGGUGCCAGACACGUCGUUCAGAUUCUCGACGCUACGGACGAGAUCAAGGCUCGCCGCGAACAGGACUUGCGGGCCCGCGGUCUAUGGGUGGAGCCCGCUGAACGACCCAGCGUACUGAUCCAGCUCGUGCAACGCGAUUGUCGUACGGAGGACCUGCACGACACUGAUCAUGAAUUCGACAUCCAGAAGCAACGCCAUCGCAAUUUCGUCUUGCUGGAACAGUGCGAACACGGCAAUCUCAUGAACUGGCUUUACAAGUCUGCGACGAAGAUAAAUCCCUUGACGCAUAAACUGGGAUACACGUGGCCCGACAGGAUCCUAUGGGAGUUGAUGGAGUGCUUGGUUCGAGGGUUGAUUGCUGUGGCGUACCCUGUAAAGAACUAUCCACCUCACGGCUUUGACCCGAAAGCCCCAGUCCACGAAUCGAUCCCACCUCGCUCUGGGGGUGCCUCUGGGCCCGGUGCGGUACCGGAUCCCCUCGAGCUGUGUCACUUGGAUCUCAAUCCCUACAAUUUGCUUGUCGGCGCUGCGGGCCACGGCGGCGGCCACGGCCACGGGACUAGACCUAUAGUAAAGAUGGCCGAUUUUGGGGGCAUGUGGGACUUCACACCAGCCAAGGUCGAGGAGAACCCAGAUCAGUUUCCGGAAGAGAUUUUCUGGUUAGCCAGGAAUGAGGGCAAGUUUUGCUCCAGAUUUCCUGAACAAUUUACCGAUGAAUGGGACGAGUUUACGUCGUUCAUGGGGGUCUUCGGACCCCGAGAAGUGAACCGAUUCAUUGGAAGAGGCGCCCCGAAGCCGGAAGUCGCAGGCAAUUUCGGGAUGCACUCCAACAUCUAUCAAAUAGGGGUCACGGUAUGCAAAAACUCCCUCGCAGUUUCUGUCCUCCACCGUCUGAGACUUCUCUUACAUCUACGGCACCCAGCUUGUGGGGCACUCUCACCUGGAUUUGCUGACCUUCUUUUUCCCUCGUAGAUGUGGAUGGCGAUUACGCUUCACGUAUUCGAACCACCAGUCAAAGAGGGGACCUAUAAGGAUAGAAACGGCAACGACGUCCUCACAUACGGAGCCGCCCUCUUGGACAAACGGU